AGGCGGUGGCCACCCCCCACCCCUCCCGGUUGCGCUCAGUGGUUGCGUCCCGAGCGACCUGGGCGACUCCAAGUUGGUAGGGGGGAGGCGAGCGGUCUCCCCCCAUCCUGCCCCGAAUGGGGCAGUCCUGAGCCGCGGGCGGAGCUGCCCGGGCGGCACCAACUGAGGGGCCCGGGGGGGGGCGGGGGUGAGAGCGCUGCCGGCCGCCAGAGGAGGAGGGAGCAGCUCCAAGAUGGCGGCGGCCGGCCCCGAGUCCGGGGGCAGCAGCGGUAGCAGCGUCGGCCUGGCGGGUUCAGGUACCUUCAAGAAAUCGCUCACCUCCGAGAUGCCUGGUUCUUCUGGACAGCCUGGCUUGCAUACAAUAAAGAAAGGUCAUCGUGGAGUAGACUCAACGGGUGAGACGACAUAUAAAAAGACUACAUCUUCUGCCUUGAAAGGUGCCAUCCAGCUGGGCAUCACACACACGGUUGGAAGCUUGAGCACCAAACCAGAGAGAGAUGUUCUCAUGCAAGAUUUUUAUGUAGUAGAAAGUAUUUUCUUCCCAGGUGAAGGAAGUAACCUAACCCCAGCUCAUCACUACAAUGACUUCCGUUUUAAAACCUACGCUCCGGUGGCAUUCCGCUAUUUCCGCGAGCUUUUUGGAAUACGGCCGGAUGACUAUCUGUACUCACUCUGCAAUGAGCCACUCAUUGAGCUCUUCAACUCUGGGGCCAGUGGUUCCAUCUUCUACGUGUCCAGCGAUGACGAAUUCAUCAUUAAAACAGUUCAGCACAAAGAGGCAGAGUUCUUGCAAAAGCUGUUGCCGGGAUACUAUAUGAACUUGAAUCAGAACCCUCGGACACUGCUGCCAAAGUUCUAUGGUUUGUACUGCGUGCAAGCUGGGGGCAAGAACAUCCGCAUCGUCGUGAUGAACAACCUGCUGCCCCGCUCUGUGAAAAUGCAUCUGAAAUACGACUUGAAAGGUUCCACUUACAAACGCCGGGCCUCCCAGAAGGAGCGGGAGAAGGUUUUUCCUACCUACAAAGACCUAGAUUUCAUGCAGGACAUCCCAGAUGGCCUGUUUUUAGACUCUGACAUGUACAAUGCCUUGUGCAAAACACUACAGAGAGAUUGUUUGGUUCUCCAGAGUUUUAAAAUCAUGGAUUACAGUUUGCUUGUGGCGAUCCACAACAUGGAUCAGGCACAAAAAGAGCACGCCAUAGCAGAUGGGACUUCCCAGGCAGAUACACGGAGGCCAGCAGCCCAGAAGGCCCUCUACUCCACAGCCAUGGAGUCUAUCCAAGGAGAGGCCCGGCGAGGCGGUACCAUAGAGACUGACGAUCAAAUGGGAGGCAUUCCAGCCCGCAAUGCAAAGGGGGAGAGGCUGCUUCUAUAUAUUGGAAUCAUUGACGUGUUGCAGUCCUACAGAUUCAUUAAGAAAUUGGAACACUCCUGGAAAGCUCUGGUACAUGAUGGGGACACUGUAUCUGUGCAUAGACCCAGCUUCUACGCAGACAGGUUCCUACGGUUCAUGUGCAACACAGCAUUCAAGAAAAUACCAUUGAGACCUUCUCCUUCCAAAAAGAGCCGGUCAGGCACGACUGUCCAGCGGAGGACAGGGCAAAGUGGAGCCCCCAUCCAGGCCCAGUUGUCCUGUGAAACAAAGGCACAAGUAAUGACAGAAGCAGAUGUGGAGCAAGGUUCGCAUCUUGGCCGCCCAGAUCUCCUUCCCCGAACACCUCCAGUAGAUGAAGCUAACAGUGAUUCCAUAGCAACAACCUUGUCCACCUCUUCCUUGGGCAGUGGUGGCCUCAACUCUCCAGCAAACAGGUCAGUGGGAGUGCAAGUUCACAAAUCCGAAAGCUCAGCAAAGGAUUUGACUAGAACCUCUCCUGGCAUCUGCUCUACUGGGUCACUAGGAUUGAGGACUCACAGCUCCGAAAGCUAUUCGUUUAGAACGCUUCUCAGCUUCCGCUCGCAUAGGUCAGUGGGAACAGAAGCUUGCAGUUCAGAAAGAUCAGCAGAGGAGGUAGCUAGCAUGCCCCUGAGUACCAGCUCGAGUAGGUCAGUAGGAACGACAGCUCACAACUCAGAAAGUUCCAUGGAGGAGGUAGCUAGCGCAGCCCUGAGUUCCUGCUCGUAUAGGUCUCUCUCUUGUGUUUCCCCAGUGGCUCACCAGGGCCCUCCCUGCCAGAGCGCACCGCAGAGCUGAAAGAACAAUUUGAAGACCUGCCUGAGACGGAGAUAAGCUUUUGAAAUGACAUGGGGAGAAUUUUGACGUAAGCAGAAGACUUCUCCGUACUCUGUCCGGUCUGUGGAGUACGAUGCACAUUCAGCCCUUGAUGCUGAUUAUUUUUUUUAGAAACCUUUAUCUGGAUAAGAAGGCCUAGAAGCUGGGAGACUGGGACGUACUUAGUGGCAUAGUAUUAACAAAGACUGAGUCUGGAGCAGCCACCUCUUUGGAAUGCCUCCUUGGAGUUUCUUUUUUGAGCAAAGCCCUUAAGGAGGGGGGCUGGUUGCAGCUAGCAUGUUUUCUGCUGUCCUCCUUUCUUUGUAGCCUGGCAGGAACAAGGCCAGUCACCUCAGAGGAGCAGGAACUGCUUGCUACGGGCUGAAGCCCAUUCAGGAAAGGGAGCCGACUUUCAGAGAGAGCCUGAGUUGCUCUGGGACAAGGACAAACCUUGCUAGAAGAAUGGCCAACUCUCAAGAAUGCUGGGGGAUAUGGACAUUGGAGCCUCGUUGGAACAGUCCGCAACAGAUCAAUGUUUUUUGGGUUUUUUAUUAUUAUUUUUAAACGUUAAUUUAAGUUUUUCUUUCCUUGAUGUUAGUCAUCAUUUUAUUUUUAGUCAGUAAUAAUUAUAUCCAUUCUGGGGGGGGUUGUUUUUUUUAUUUAAAAAUCUCUUUUUAUCAGUGUUCCACCAAAAAUAGGAUCCCAUGUGCGAAGGGAGCAGAAGGGGGAAGUGCCUGUUCUCCUCCCAUGGGACUGGUGUCGAUCAUGGAGGUCUUUUUUAUUUUCUGUCAGCUGCUCUUUCGACAUGGCAUUGUCCCCAGAAGGUGACGUAGAACAGCCCCCAUCCCCACAACACUUGGUGCUUUAUCACGGUUUGGUGCUCGGAGGACUUGGGAUGUGCAAAGCUUUUAAGAUGUCAGGGAGGUUUGGAAUUGCUUUGUCCCUUUUGAAACUAACCCUUUUUAGUCUCCCCCUUGACUGAUACGAGUGCAAAGGAGACAAGGGGAGAUCUUUGUAACUGGCUCAGUUUUUGUUUUUUUAAGCUUUUCAGUGUUUCUUAAGCAAAUGGACCAAACCUAUCCUGCUCACAGGGUUUUUUCCCCUCCCCCCAGUAUUAUGUCCUUUUUUGGGGUUACCACUUGGAAAACCUCACACAUUUUUUAUAGGCAAAUUCCCUUUUGAUAGCUCUGCUCGUCUCUUGCCCCACCGGCUGCAGGCUUAGCAUACAGCGCUCUGACAAGCCCCAGACGGAGAUUCCCACAUACAUGAUUGCCAGCUCUCUGUGCAUAGUGACGAAGCGUGUUGCACUCGGAUUCCAAAGCUCCGCUUUUUGGUUUGUUUGUUUUUUUUAAAAGGAAUAAGCUUGGAAGGUUGCAUUACUGUCCCAUGCAUAUAAACCUUAACUGAGCUAUCUCCUGCAGACACUUGUCUAGACAAGUCAGAGUAUACAUUGAACUGACUUAUUUUCACUAAAACAAAGUUUUUAAUUAAAAAGAAACGAAUCUGCCUUUUUCAUUCCCCCCCCGCAAAAAAAUUGUAAUCCUCCCACCCACCCUUUUUAUAUAAAAAUAAUAAUAUAAAAAAAAAACCCCAACAUAACCUUGCAACAGCACAAGGCUUUGUGUGCUUUAUUAGCAAGGUUUGCUAAUAAUGCUGAAGAAUGUAGUGGUUGAGAAAGUUUCUUAAGUUGAUGCAUUGGAAGCUGAGAGAUUUUUUUUCCCCAUCACACUUUAAACUUUUAGAGUGGAUGAAGUGGAAGCUAUUGGUUUGUUUUUUUUUGUGUUAAGGUUACCUGUGAAAAGACCAAGUGGAAUGGCCUUACUCGGAGCCUGGUGUCCAAAACCAGAAGGGUUUGGUGCCGGGUGAGAACAGUUCCUUUCUUGUCCCGUAACUGGCAUCUGACUCUUAAGGGUUCUAAAAUACUUAUCACAGAUACAGCAGCAAGACGUGUACCCAGAAAAUCAGCUUAGUAACAGCUGGAAAUGUCUCUGGUAGAAUUUCCCUUCUCCAGCAGGUUACACUUUAUAUCAGAAGUAACUGUCUAUAUUAGACACAGUUUCUUAUCUUCCCUCCUAACUCAUAUUUUUUUGUUUUUGUUUUUACCUGGAGGAAAGAUACCAAUUCUCAAUCUUUUUUUUUUUCAUGAUUUAAUAUUUAUGAAGUUGUAUUUAAGUGUUUUAUUCUGGGAAUAGUUAUUCAGUGAGUAGGGAGGGCGUUUAACAUUUAUAUCUCUUGUGAAUAUCAAACCUCUGCUUUGUAAUGGUUUUUAAAACAGAAGUGCUUUUAUUUGGCGUUUUACAAAGAAAAGUGGCAGGUGAUGGAUUUUUAACCUAGUAAAACUCGAUCGGCUUAACUUCAUCGCACGGGUUUUGUUAUCUUGCCAAAGGCUUGGGGAGUUGGGUUACAACCAGUAGCAUGCUGUCUGGCUUGCUGAUCAUGUGUGCAUGUGCACACGUGUGUCGAGAGGGAUCAAGCUGCUGGUUGCCAGACCCCUCUUUGUCUUGACACCACGUAGAUGCCAUGCAGCGGGAACCCUUGCUUCCUGUGGUGUCUAGCAGGGAGGGUCUGGCCUGCAGAGCCUACACCCAUGUGAAGCAACUCGUGCCGCGUCGUGAAUAUCGUCUUUUUAACCUUGUAACAUUUUUUGCCAUCCAUCGGCUGUUUAAACAGAGUAUUCGAAGCAAAAGCUGUCUCUCCUCAGCCUGUCUUGCACAGGGGAAUUGCUCUGUGAUGAGACCUAAUAUACAGUAUGCUACUAAAACCA